AUUUCCCUGCUGGCGGCGGGAGCGGUCAACUAUUCCAAUCGCGGCUGCGGGAAAGCUGCAUGGGGACGUCCAUGAAUAACGUCACCAAAAACCUGCGUAGUUUUAGUCUAACAUCACCAAUCUCACUCGUAUUACCUUUCUCCAGUAGUGUAGAGAUUCCUCGUAUAUUCUCAAAAAAUCCCCACUUUCCCACCCACGUAAUAUAUGAACGUCCCCUAUAAAAAUGUCCAUGACCCUCCUCACCCCUGAGAUUCCCAGCGGAGACCUCCUUAAUACUUAUCGAUUUCUCUCUCUCUCUUAGUCCAGCAGCUCCACGUGACUUUCCUUCCCCACUAAAAAAAUGGUCCUUCUCCCGUGUAAAAAAUACAUUUCAAAAACCUCUUCGCUCACGAAAUUAGCGGAUUUCGAGAUUAUUCAAGAAUUCAUCGACGAUGAGUUGGACAGUGGAGAAAUAUUAAUUCGUGGACUUUAUCUGUCUCCUGAACCGUCCCUCCGUGGGGGUGGUUUGGAAGGGAAACAACUCAGUUGCCAUGGUGAUUUAAUUCCGGGGAGUCAAGUGGGAAAGGUGAUAAAAUCUCGACACUCCUCGUUCCCCUUGGACUGCUUGGUUUUUGGGCAUUUCGGAUGGCGUGAUUUGACAAAAGUUAAAAUUUCAGAAGAAAAUUGUUUCCAUGACGUUUAUAAAUUACCAAAAUAUUUCGAUAAGAUUCCAAUCAGUUAUGCGCUGGGGGCCUUGGGGGGACCCGGCAUCACAGCCCACUGCGCCGUUGAGAAAAUCCUGGAGAUAAAAUCCGGAGGCACAUUUGUGGUUUCCACGGCAACGGGUGCCAUUGGAUAUUUGGUCCUACAAAUUGGAAAAUUAAAAGGCUGCAAAACCCUCGUGUUCACCUCGACGGAUGAAAAAGUGAUUUGGCUGAAAACCUUGGGUGCCGGAUAUAUUUUUAACUACAAUAAAAUCGAUCCGAACCAGGUUUUUCAGGAAUUCGCACCGGAAGGGAUCGAUUUUUACUUUGAUAAUAUCGGCGGCUCAUUCACCUACAACGUCAUGAAGCACAUGAAUUUGAACGGAAGAAUUGCCGUGUGCGACGCCAUCAGUUGCUAUGACGCGGUUACCACGGUUCCCUUUGAUUAUUUGCAAAUUGUGGACAAGCGGAUUCGUUUGGAGGGAUUUUCAAUCUACGCAUAUGACGAAAAGACAUGGAAUGAAGCGAUGAACACCAUGGCGAUUUGGGUGAUGGAGGGAAAGAUUUUAGUGGAGGAGCGAGUUUUAGAGGGAUUUGAAACUUUGGGUCAAGCUUUUAUCGAUCGUUUCGAGGGGAACGUGGUGGGUAUUCAGGUCGUGAGGAUUUAGUUGUCAUGGAAACCGGGGGGAUUUUUUUUAAAAGAGUUUUAUUUUUAUGCGAAUGUUAUGGGUAACCAUAUGGAAAAUUUGUAAUAAAUUUUGUUGCCAUGGAAAUUUCAAAUUUUGCGUAUAAAAAAUAAAAAAUUGGUUGUCAUGGAAACGGAUUUUUUUUAAGGAAUGGAAAAUUAUCCAAAUGUUUCACCACAAAAUCCAAAAAUAGAAAUAGACCCAAAUUCUUAAAAGUCAUUAAAAAAGGUAAAUUUACAUAUGCUUUAUUUUACCCUAAAAAUAUCACCAAGGAAACGAUUUCCAUAGAAACAAAGUCAUUCACUCUGAUUACUACUAUAGGGUUGCUAUGCAACAUUUUCCAGGAAUUUAUAUUAUCUCCAUGGAAAUGACAUCAUGGAAAUAACAUAAACUCUAUUCGUUUACAACAAAUUGUCAUGGAAAUAAAAAAAAUGUUACUAAACUCAA